GUGUCCCCGGCUCCCGGUUGUUUGGGGCCCGUGCUCCUCGACCUCGGGAGCAGGACUGGCCUAAGACCUCGAGGAUCUGGGUUGGACUUUAAAUUAAGGAGAAGUUUAUCCAGGAAAGUGCUUUCAUUCAAAGAGUAAAUUAAAGAAGACACCGUGGACAGCAGAUGAACAAGGCAUUUGUGUCCUGAAGAAGUCACAGAGAAAUAACUGUGGUGCGAGAAGAGAGUGGGCACGUAGGAGAAAUCGGACCUGGUGUGAUAUUCUUGUCACAAAAGAAUUAAGGAGGAAGACAGAAGACACGUUUCCAGAGAAUGAAAGAGUGCAGUGUCAAAAUGGAGACCAGCGUUUCUGAGAUUCAAAUAGAGUCUAAGGAUGAGAAGAGACCAGUGACAGCCAGUCCUCAGAAAGAGAGGCAGGAGAGAAAAACAGCCACACUAUGCUUCAAGAGAAGAAAGAAAGCGAACAAACCAAAGGCCAAAGCUGGCUCCAGGACUGCUGAGGAGACAAAGAAGCAUGCCCCAGAAGCUGGGGGUUCUGGUCAGCGGCAACCAGCGGGCGCCUGGGCCUCCAUCAAACACCUUGUGACACACAGGAAAAGGUCGGAGUCUGCAAAGAAGCAGAAGCCAUCUGAGGCUGAGGUGCAGCCUGAGGAUGGAGCUCUUCCUAAGAAAAAGGCAAAAUCCAGACUUAAGAUUCCAUGCAUAAGAUUCUCAAGAGGGGCAAAGAGAAGUCGUCAUUCCAAACUUACAGAAGAUUCGGGUUACGUCAGAGUCCAGGGAGAGGCAGACGAUUUAGAGAUAAAAGCCCAGACCCAGCCAGAUGACCAGGCAGUCCAGACUAGGUCCACCCAGGACCUACAGGAAAGUGUGUUGGUGAGAGAUGGUAAGGAGAUCCAAGAAUCACAUGUAAGCAACAGCGUCCCAUCAGGAGAGAAUGUGAUUGCCAUAGAACUGGAAUUAGAACAUGAGUCUUCCGCUAUCCAGAUGGGAACUCCAGGGCUUGAAAAGGAGGCUAAAGUGAUUAUGGAAAAGCAAAGUGUACAGCCACAGCAAGCAAGUCUACCUGAGAAUUCAGCAGCAGGGAGCCCUUGGCCAGAGACUUCUGCUGCUCCCCCAUCACCGGCAACCACGCAUCAGCAUCAGCGCAGUCAGGAAGAACCCAGUGACGACAUCUGGGAAAGUGCAUCAAGUGGGAAAGAUGACAGAGGGAGAAAGACUGCAGCUGAGGGAAAGAAAUCAGAAGAGACUGCACUGGGCCAGGCAGAGGAAGCUACAGUCAGCCAGGCAGAUAAAAGUAUACUAAGCCAGGCAGAAGUUACAGUGGGCCAUGCAGAGGAAGCUACUGUGAUCCAGACAGAGAGUCAGGCAAAGGAAGGUAAACUGAAACAGCCAGAGGAAGCUAUAGUGGCCCAGGCAAAGGAGAUGGUAUUGAGUCAGGCAAAGGAAGGUAAACUGAGCCAGGCAGAAGAACCUGCAGUCAGGCAGGCAAAGAAAGCAACAGUAGGUCAAGCAAAGAAAGCUACAAUUGGCCAGGCAGAGGAAGCCACGGUUGUCCAGGCAGAGGAAGCCACAGUUGGCCAGGCAGAGGAAGCCACAGUUGGCCAGGCAGAGGAAGCCACAGUUGGCCAGGCAGAGGAAGCCAUAGCUGUCCAGGCAGAAGAAGCUACAGUUAGUCAGGCAGAGGAAGCCACAGUUGUCCAGGCAGAGGAAGCCACGGUUGGCCAGGCAGAGGAAGCCACAGUUGUCCAGGCAGAGGAACCCACGGUUGGUCAGGCAGAGGAACCCACGGUUGGUCAGGCAGAAGAACCCACGGUUGUCCAGGCAGAGGAACCCACAGUUGUCCAGGUAGAGAAACCCACAGUUGUCCAGGCAGAGGAACCCACAGUUGGUCAGGCAGAGGAACCCACAGUUGUCCAGGUAGAGAAACCCACAGUUGUCCAGGCAGAGGAACCCACGGUUGGCCAGGCAGAGGAACCCACGGUUGGUCAGGCAGAAGAACCCACGGUUGUCCAGGCAGAGGAACCCACAGUUGGUCAGGCAGAGGAACCCACAGUUGUCCAGGCAGAGGAACCCACAGUUGUCCAGGCAGAGGAACCCACAGUUGGUCAGGCAGAGGAAGCUGUAUUGAGCCAGGUAAAAGAUCUGAAAGAAAAUGGAAUUGAUACAGAGAAACCAAGAUCAGAAGAAAGCAAAAGAAUGGAGCCAAUUGCUAUUAUCAUUACAGACACUGAAAUCAGUGAAUUUGAUGUUAAGAAAUCUAAAAAUGUCCCUAAGCAAUUCCUAAUUUCAAUGGAAAAUGAGCAAGUGGGGGUUUUUGCUAAUGACAGUGAUUUUGAGGGGAGAACUUCAGAACAGUAUGAAACACUCUUAAUAGAAACAGCUUCUUCUCUCGUCAAGAAUGCUAUCGAGUUAUCUGUAGAACAGCUGGUUAAUGAAAUGGUUUCCGAGGAUAAUCAAAUAAAUACGCUGUUCCAGUGACUUCAUUUCCAGGUCACAGGAAGAAAGGAAAAAAAAAAACCUUAAAAGAUGAAUUCUUUUAUACAUUUGUGGCACUUCUUUCUCAGUAAUGAAUUAGUGGCUUAUCAUCUGUGGACUCUAAAGAUACAGUUCCAGCCCAGAAGUGCUAAAGAACCAGUGAAGGUUGUAAAACUCUUGUCACUGAAACACAAUCAGUUCUGGACUGGAGGGAGUCAGCACAGAUCACAAUGUGAAGUGACUUACGGGAAGGUGAGGAAAUGUCAGGGGAUAGCCCAGUGCUUUGAGGAGGGAAGACUAUUGAGCAUUGGGUAUGGUUCUCUAAUGUCACCUAGUCUGGGUUUCUUUCCAAUGGUUCGACUCUGUGUUAUAGGUGAACACUACGUUCACUUUCCUUUUACAGGGUUUUCCCUGCUGUCUCUAAGGAUGCAUCGGGUAAGUGGGCCUUUCUAGUCUUGAACAAAUUCUGUAUAAAAGCCAUUCACAGGUUCCUUCGGCCAGGCAAAUAGUAACAAGUGUGUAAGCAUAGAUACAGGGAGUGUUUUUGCUCUCCCCAUCGUCCUUCUGCCCAGCAGACCUGUACAUAUCCAUCUGUGAGUAGACCUAUCUUCCCAGAAGUCAAAAGGGAAAUAGUAUUUUUUUUUUUUUAUCCAGGAGGCAAACUUCCCAGAUAGCAAAAGAUUCCCUUAGCAGAGCUACUUUUUAGGGUUUUUUGUUUUCUUUUUCUUUUUAGUUUUUUUUUUCUGUUUAUUUUUUGUUUGCUUUUCCAAGAUAGGAUUUCUCUGUGUA